AUGCAGCGUCUGCCAUGGUUCCUCUUCGCUUCUGCGAUGUCGGAGGUGUUUGCGCGACUGGUCAGGGGCAGCGCUUUUUCGGACAGCCAGGGCGGCUUGGGAAGCCCCGCAGGCCCAGAGGGGCCCUCUGCCGGAUCGUGGCCAGGGGCACAACCUUGGUCGUGGGAUGUCGCCCGGUGCCUCUACGAAGGGGACGUCCUGGCGAAGCUCAGUAAGGGACUGGUGGCCGCAGUCUACUGCGGCUUCAUCGCCGUGUCCCUACGCCUGGCGUUGGUUGGUCUGCCAAACAAGAUGCCCCGGCAUCCCAGCGUGGAGGACGGCUGUCCCCGGAGCUGGGUGGUGUUCAUGGGCGUCGUCUACGCUUUCAUCUACUUCACCACGGACCAGUAUGUGCCAAGCCUUCCGCAGAUGGAGGUUGACCUUCUGGGCUCCGAGAGCCUCAUGAGCGGCACUGUGCAGAUGAACUUAUGCAUCAAGGCCGUCUUUGGCAUGGCCACCGCUGGCCUGUCCGAUCGAAUCGGCCGGAGGCCCGUGCUGCUCGUCUGCCUGACUUUGCUUAGCGUGGCAAGCUUCUGCUGCGGCUGUGCCCGCAAGAUUGAGUGGUUCAUCGCUUCGCGGCUGCUGCAGGGCAUGGGAGAAUCCCUGGAGCCAGUCAUCUUUGCCAUGGCCCGCGACUACUUCGCUGAGCCAUCCGAGCGUUUCGUAGUCGUCGCGGCUUUGCAGAUGAUGGCUUUCGUGGGCAUUGCCUUGGCUCCUCUUGUCGGAGGGCUCGGCGCGCAUUACUGGAGCUGGCGCGCGUCGUUUUUUGGCCUUGCCCUGAUCUGGGGCCUCCUCGCCAGCUAUGCUGGCUUGGCCAUGGUUGAAUGCUGCCCGGACGGAGAGAGUCAAAGCUACCUCAGCGACCUCUCAAGAAUCUUGGACCCACACCUUCUUUGCCUCCUUCUGACGGAAAGUUGCGUCAUGGGCGCUUAUUUUACCUUCAACGCGAACAGCAGCUACCUGGCAGAGGUGACCUUUGGCGAGUCGGUAAUUAAUUCGUCGGAGAUCAUGCUCGUGUUUGGUGCGCUCUGUGGCAUUGGCGCCUUCUUGAUCGAGAGGCUUCGGCUGGGCAGUGUGCUGCAGAUGGCACGCUGGGCUUUGAGUCUUCUUGGCGCUGCUGGUGCAAUCUCCCUGCUGCUGGGUUUUUUCUUCUCCCAGUUCCUCUGGGGUUACCUCGCAGGGUCCUUCCUCCAGGCGUGCGUUCUAAUGAUGGCCCUGGUCUCUGCCAACGUGCUCUUCUUCGAGCCCCUGGAGGACUGUGCAGGCAUGGCUGCCUCAUGUGAGAUCGUGGCGCAGAGCGUAAUCCCAUGCCUGCUAUCGGCCCUGGCAACGCAGCUGAUGAUCCACAACGGUCCUGCCGGGCUCAUCUUCUGCCAAGCGGCGGCGUGCGUAGCUGCAGCCGCCAUCUUCUGGCUGGGAUAUGGCAUUUCGCCCCCGGCUUGGACAUGUCGGGACUUCGAGAAGGCACAAGAAGGGCUCCACGAUCGGUUGCUCUCCUCGGAGGCGCCGACACUCUGUGAGAAGUUUUAG